UUGUUAUUGACCUAAUCCGUGAAAUGAUGGCCAAGGAUAAGGACGAGUGGUCUGCGGAUGAGGAGCUUCAGCUCUUCCACGCAAUGGAAGGACUGCGACCUGUUGGCAUUAACAAGCACUUUUACAUGUCGUGCAUUUCGGAGCGGCUUUCGAAGUCACUAAAUCGCGAGAUGCCGAGUGACUUGAUCUGGCGGCAUUUGGGAACCAUGUACAAACUAAAGGAACUGGACGAGUUAGAGUGCUUACCAUUUCCGAAUGAAGAGCGAGAGUUUUGCUUGCCUGAACAAGAAUAUGGCUCACUUCUAAGCAAGAAAGCAAGUAGCGUUAGUGGUGCUGAGGAUGUCUCGGAUCCACCACCGCCAACAAGCGGACCAGCGUCAGCCACAGAAAGCAACAGCAAAGGUUCCAGGAGCUCGUUGUCGCAGGGCAGUGCCAUCAAAGAAUUAGAGAAGAAGUCUUUGACAAAGAUUUUGGAUUUGCCCAAACGACCGGUUAAACGUACGCGUGGUUCAAUGUCAAAUGAAUCUAUUAGCCCCUCAACGACACCACCUCCAUUGCAAACUACCAAGCGUCGGCGUAUUUAGAAUUAAUAUUGGACACAAUAAAGUAACAAAUAGUCUUUAUUAGUUAUAGUUACAUAUAUGUAUCAUGACCCAAAGCUUGACUUUAUAAUUAAA